ACACGUUGAACUCCUGGGAGUUGUCAAUCAAACUGGCACCAGCGGCUCAGCUGUCACAUCCGCGUCGUUCAACAUACACUCGGGUCUGUCGUUUCCGCAGAACAAACGGGUUCGGCUCGUUGCUCUGUGUGAACAUGCUGCUCUUUCAUCUCAGCCAGGAAGGAAGCUGCGAACCUGCUGACCUGAGCUAACCCUUUUUUUUUUUUUCCUUUUCUUUUCUCUCAAUCUUACCGCUUCACGAAUCCUUUUUCUCCCGCUGCCUUGUUGGAAAUGAGAGCGACGUCAGUGUUGCUGCUCGCCCUCUCCUGCUGCUGCUGCUCGGUCAGCGCCACGCUCUCCAGAAGUGAUGCCAAGAGGUCGCACAAAUCUGAGUCUGAGACAUCUCCACCUGGGCUGUCUGUGUUGGACAGAGGCCUCGUCGUGUCAGACCCGCAAUGGAAGGACAUAGUGAAGGAGGAGAAGAGACACUGUGCUCCCAUCAAGAGAACAUUUCAAGGACCAGUGCUGGGAUACGUCACACCUUGGAAUUCCCACGGAUAUGAAGUUGCCAAAAUGUUUGGCUCCAGACUGACCUCACUGUCUCCAGUGUGGCUUCAGGUCCGCCGACGAGGACAUGAAACGUUCGACGUUACGGGACUCCACGACCACGACUCGGGAUGGGUCAAAGCUGUACGCAAGUCCAACAAAAAAGUCAGGAUGGUGCCUCGGCUGUUAUUCGAUGGCUGGUCUUACCAGGACUACAUGAGCGUGCUGGGGAGUGAAGACGAGAUAGAGGAGUUGGGAAGUGAGCUGGUGGAUGUCGCAAAGACUGAAGGCUUCGACGGCUUCACCUUGGAGCUGUGGAGCCAGCUGGGCGGCAACAAAAGAAAGGAGCUGGUGCAUUUGGUGAAACACAUAUGUGAGUCCUUGAAGGCUAAAAGAUUAGACUGCAUCCUCGUCAUUCCACCUGCUGUGACAAGCACGGGGCAGCCAGGUAUGUUUGGCAGGGAGGAGUUUGAACAGUUGGCCCCGGUGGUUGAUGGAUUCAGCCUCAUGACAUACGACUACUCCAGCGGUGCCAGACCAGGCCCGAGCUCUCCCCUGCCCUGGGUGAGAGACUGUGUUCUCCAGCUUGCACCCAACCCUCAGUGGAGGCAAAAAAUCCUGUUGGGAAUCAAUUUGUAUGGCAUUGAUUUUGGAAGCCAGGGAACAGAGCCAAUCCUGGGAGGAAGGUACAUCGAGAUCUUGCGAGAACACAGGCCCAAACUUCUCUGGGAUGAAUAUUCUGCAGAGCAUUAUUUCAGUUACAAGAGGAACAAUGCAGGGAAGAAUGUGGUUUACUAUCCCUCACUGAAGUCAAUCUACCUGAGAAUAUCUUUAGCCUCUGAACUGGGAACUGGAGUUUCCUUAUGGGAACUUGGACAAGGCCUGGAUUAUUUCUAUGAUCUCCUAUGAGAGUGGGACUUGUAAGUGAAGACUUGGAACCUUGGAUCAUCAGCAAUUUUUAUUUUAUUUUUUGGGGGGCACGGUGCACUAAAAUCUCAGGUGCAAUAUGUAGGUAUUAUUUUUCUUUUUCUCCCUGAGCAACUGAAGUGAAAUCUGAAAUGAGUUAUUAACAGGGUUUAGUUAAUGGUCAACCAGUCUCAUGGUCUAAAUUAAUGAAAUUGUGAUUUGUUUAUUCAAACGGUACAAGCACCAGCAACCAGUAGGUACUUCAGUAUCUUUUAUUUCCUGUUUACAGGUGUAAAAAUGAAAAUAACUUGUUCAGUGCAGUGACACAUCUUCAUUCAGCAACAGAAGGUGCAUGAUCAUCAAAGGUAGAAGUUUUAAUGAAGGUACAUUCUUGUUCAGACGCCUUCAGAGUUCUGCCUGCUGUGAAUAUGCAUCGUGCUUUGAACAUUCAUCAUCAAAAACGCAUCUGCUCCAGAAACGCCCCAAGUUUUUCUUUUUUAAUCUUUAAAUCAAGACAUUUGAUUGUGUUUUUUUUUUAAUAGAUUUAUAACAAUAGCAUUGACAAGUAAUGAAGUUGUAUUUUGCAGUGAUGCCAAACAUCUGUUUUGACCAAUAUUUUUUUGAGAUCAAUGUUUGUUUAAUAACAUGAAUAUAAAUGUGAGACGAUG